UAAAAUGAACUGUAUCGUAGACAAAACGUCUGGAUGUGCUUACGUUGGACGAUCGGAAAUGAUCCGUCUCGAGGAACUUUGGGAUCUGCUGGGGCCCCUUCGGCGAAAAUGAAAAUUGAGCCGGACGUCUUUGUGGCAGCGGCUCAUCGAUGGCGUGACUUACGCGGUUUUCAAUUCGAGCCCAGAUGACGACGAAACGGUACGUCGCCACCUUUCGUCUUAUUCUUCUUUGUCUCCUUCUCUUUACGCUCUUUCCUUCCCCUCUCUUUUGCGCGUUGCGGCCGAUCGCGGUGCACGGUGCAGCGCCGCGAGUCGCUGGCUGCGAGUCGCGUCGCCUCGCCUCGGCUUGCCUCGCUUCGUCCUGUCGCCCGCCGCCGCGUCGCGUCGCGCCACAUAACUUGAAAACUCGCGUCCCGUCCCCGACGCGAUACGCGCCGCUGAAAUUCGCGGUAUUGUCGGCAGCGACUCGCCCGGUCACAACCGUCGCGAUCGCGCGAGCUCACGUCGCAAGCUCACGUCCGCGCGUGUAGCGGUGCGAGCUAUCGAAACGCUCCGUACAAUCGGCGAUUCCGCAUCGACGAACGCCUGACAUAUCCACUACGUGGGCCGUAUACGUGCGACAGCGAAUUUCGCCGAGAUCCCGUGCCGGAUGCCUGGCGCGCACACGUAUCAGGUGAGACGUCUCGCCGGUCGUGUCGCGAGCACGGCGAGCGUACGUCGCAUACGAUCGACGAGAUUCAACGGAAUAUCAAGCCGUGCGAGCACAUCCGUGCCUGCGACGUCCGUGUUUGCUAGCGGGAGUGCCACAGGUGUGCCGAAAGUGCCGAAAAGUGUGGAAAGUGCCGGAAGUGCCGCCCGAGCGAUUCCACGCAGGGAACCACGAAAAUUCGGAGCGUAAAUCACGACGGAGGGCGCCAAAUUUUACUGAGAACUUCUAUUCGCAUUGGUUGCACAUUGUUUGGCUGAAGACGGAAAACUGGCGAAGGAUGAGCGCGAACGCGAGUGCAAACGCAUCGAGCGGUUGAGCACGCGAGGCAAGGAUAUAGAAAGAAAUUGAGGAAGGAGGAAAAGCGAUGGUGGUGGAGUGGUUAUGCCCUGGACUUAGGCCGACCAGGAGCAACAGGCCUCGUCUUCUGCACUGCAAAGUGAUACUUCUGGACGAGCACGAAUUGUUGCAAGAUGUUUUGAGCUCAAACUUGGGUCAAGAAUUAUUGGACAGAGUGUUCAAGCAUCUCAACUUGUUGGAGACCUCUUACUUCGGAUUGCGCUACCUCGAUCAGGGAAAUCAAACGCAAUGGCUCGACCAAAGUAAGAAACUCGGUAAACAACUGAAGAUCCACAAAGGUGAUCCUGGAUCGGACGUUCACACUCUCUACUUCGGCGUUAAAUUUUACGCGGCGGAUCCGUGCAAGCUCAUCGAAGAGAUUACCAGAUACCAGUUCUUCCUACAAGUGAAGCAGGACAUUCUGCAAGGAAGAUUACCCGUGUCUUUCGACUUAGCCGCAGAAUUAGGAGCAUAUGUUGUUCAAUCGGAACUCGGCGAUUAUGAUCCCAGACGACAUUCGCCUGGUUAUGUCACCGAAUUUCGGUUCCUCGCCAACCAAACCACGGAGCUGGAGAAUCGUAUAGUAGAGAUCCACAAAACUCUUAUAGGUCAGUUACCCUCGGCGGCGGAAUUAAAUUAUCUAGAUAAAGUGAAGUGGCUGGAGAUGUAUGGAGUAGACUUACAUCCCGUUCUGGGUGAGGAUAAUGUAGAGUAUUUCCUAGGUCUAACGCCGAGCGGGAUAAUACUGUUACGCAAUAAGACCAAAGUAGGAAAUUACUAUUGGCCUCGCAUCAAUAAAAUUUAUUAUAAGGGCAGGUACUUUAUGUUGAGAGUGAGUGAAAAGAAUUCCGAGGAAAGAACGCACGGUUUCGAAACACCGUCGAAAGGAGCCUGUCGUCAUCUCUGGAAAUGUUGCUUAGAGCAUCAGGCGUUCUUCCGACUAAUGGCGACCGGUCCACCGCCUCUUAGUCCGUACUCUCGUUUUCAUUCGUACAGUCCGCAAUCCACUCUGGAGAAGCACGCAGCAAUCAGGAGAAAUCCACCGCCGUUUCAAAGGACUCCCAGUCGACGGGCGCAGAGACGAGUCGUCGAGGGUCAAGAGAUGGUCGGCUCAUUUGUCGAAACGCCCGUUACCGUGAUCUCGAAUCCGUGCAGCAAUUCAUCUGGCGGCAAUGUUCUGUGCAAUACUCAAAGGCAGGUGAACACCUCAAGUCCGAGGAGCACGAGAAGCGCACCGUGGACGCAGAGCCAGCCUCGUGGUCUUUAUACAUCGUCUAGUCCUCGUUCCGUUCGCUCCGCGGGAACGGCACCGGCACUCUUAAGUAGACUCCAACGUCGAAGCAGCUCAGUGGAGAGUCAAAGUUCAGGAGAUAGUCAUAGUCGUGGUGGUCAUCGUAGAAGAAGUCAUAGUCAUAGUCACCGUCGACACAGCAGACACUCCGAUUGUGAGUCUGAGCUUUCGAGGGGCUCAGACACGAGAUCCGGCCACCGAAAGCAUCGUAGGAAACAUAGGAACUCCCGUUCUUCUAGUAGACACGAAUUGGUAGAUUCAGAACCACAGUGGAGAGAAGUGCAGAAGCGAAAAGGAGAAGGUGUGCAAAAGGCUAUUGUGAGUCAUACGGAGCCUAGAAGAAGACAUAGAAGCAGACAUCGAAGUCCUUCUCAAAAACAACCACUGCCGGACGAACUUCGAAAACACUUGGAAUUUGGCCUAGUCGACACUAGUGGAAUGAGCGAGCAACAACGCCGGGAAAUAUCCUACACGGUGGUACAGUCGCAAUCUGUACAGCAAUCCCCGUUACAAACUAACAAUUCUCGAUUGGACGACAUAGAUUCAUCGUCCCUACCUAGAACUGUCGGAUCUGUUGGCAAAAGAGACAGAAGAGUCGUGCCACAUAAUCGUGAUGGAAGUUAUAACUUGCUGUCAACAACAUCCAGCAGCAGCUGUCGAGUCGAAGCAAAGUUUCCCGACGCUCGAAAUGAAUGUAGCACGAGGAGGGACUUUUAUUAUACUCGUAACAACAGAAUACUAUCGGCUAUAGGCAAUAAUACGGACAGUGGGCUUGGAGAGAGUACGCCGCAGGAUUUUUCAAGUUGCUGCUCAAGCUCCGCCGACAGCAGCAAGCCUACCCACGUAACACAAUUGCAAUUAGGGGGAGAGGUACGCUAUGAACUGCCUUCAAAUCAAGAAAUCUACCCUCACGUUGACACUACUCUGGAUGCUGUUCUUCAACCCAUUAUCUCAACUUUAACGAGGAGGCAACGGAGCCAUCCGAAAUAAUCAUGAAACUUUAAAUGAAA